AUGGCGGAGGAGCAACCACCGCCACCACCAAGGAGAACCUUGGGAGAUUAUGGUAGAGGAGCAAAUGGAGAUCAAGAUCUUAGAGGGUUUCAACCGGCAAACCCGAUAGCUUUUGAUAUCAGAAGUUCCGUCAUAAAAGCUUUAAAGGAGAACAAGUUUUCUGGAGCCGACUCAGAGUGUCCAAAUCUGCAUUUGAGUAACUUCUUAGAUGUGUGUGAUUACACCGACCCUCCGGGUGUCUCGGAAUGUGCCAAAAGGUUGAGACUAUUCAAAUUUUCUCUUACCGGAAGAGCCAGAGAUUGGCUGGAUACCUUGCCUAAUGGGACAAUUAAAACAUGGAACGAAUUGAGAGUCAAAUUUUCGGACCGCUUUUUCCCAAUUUACAAGUUCCUAGAAAAAAAAGCCGAGAUCACAAACUUCGAACAAGGAGAUUCCGAGUCUCUUUAUGACGGAUGGGAAAGGUUCAAACUCCUCUUGAAGAAGUGUCCCGAUCAUGGUGUGGAUAAUUUGGCUCAAAUGCAAUAUUUUACUCAAGGUUUAAGAGCACAAACUCGCAUGUUACUUGAUGUAUCUGCGGGUGGUUCCAUUAAUAACAAGGUUGCAAAUGAGGCUAAAGAGCUUGUGGAAGCCAUGGCGCAAAAUGAAUAUAGAGCUCUUAAUGAGAAAGGAGCUAAGAAUAAAGUGAGUACGUUGGAGCUUGACACUCAAAGGGCUUUGUUAGCAAAUUUCAAGCUCAUGAAUGUUCACAUGGAGACUUUUAUAAAACAUUUGACCACCAACAAGCUUGUUCAUGCUCAAGUACAACAAGUGUCAACAUCACAAGCUCAACUUCCACCAAGUAGACCUUCACCAUUGGAAGAAACUCUUUCUCAAGUCAUGAAGAUGAUACAAGUAAAUUUCGAGGCUAUGAAGACAAGUCAAGAAGCUAUGAAGAUAAGUCAAGAAUCAACAAAUAAAAAUCAUGAAGCCUACAUCAAGAAUUUGGAAACGCAAAUGGGUCAAUUGUCUAGGCAAGUUGCGUCGUCAUCUAAUGGCGGAUUUGAAGGAAACACAUGCAAUAAUCCUAAAAAGGAGAGUUGUAAUGCAAUUCAUUUGCGAAGUAGAGUGGUGCCUACACCGGUAAGUGAGCCACGUUCCAAGGAAAAUAUGUCAAAAGAAGUUGAAAAUGAGAGAAAUGGUGAGCUUGAGAAAGAAGUCGAAAAUAAGAGUGAAAAUAAAAAAAUAGAAAAAAGUGAGAAAGAAAUAGAAAAAGAGGGAGGAGUUGAAAAUGAGAUAAAGGUGGAAGAGAAGGAAAAAAAUGAUGCAAGAUUUGUCGAUAACGACUCAAAUUUGAAGAAAAUUAAGAGUAAAAUUUUGAAAGAUGGAGAAAAAGCUCAAGUAGUUCUACCUCAUGAAAAGCUACCCUACCCUCACAAAAAGAAGAGUAAGAGAAAAGAUAUUGACUUUAAGAAGUUCAUGGAGAUGUUUAAUAGCCUUCAAGUCACAACUCCGUUUAUGGAAGCUUUGGAGCAAAUGCCUAUGUAUGCCAAGUUCAUGAAGGAGUUGUUGACUAAGAAGAGGAAGCCUAAAGAGGGUGAAACCGUGUUGUUGACAGAAGAGUGUAGUGCAAUUCUUCAAAGAAAACUCCCACAAAAGAAGAAAGAUCCUGGUAGUUUCACUAUACCUUGUUCUAUUGGGAAUUUACAUGUUGGGAGAGCACUUUGUGACUUAGGAGCAAGCAUCAACUUGAUGCCCCUCUCUAUGAUGAAAAAAAUACCCGGUGCCAUAGCUAAACCCACCAAGAUGCAAUUAUCUCUUGCGGAUCGGUCAAUCACGUACCCCUAUGGAAUCUUACAAGAUGUUUUGGUAAGAGUGGCCGAAUUUGUCUUUCCGGCGGAUUUUGUAAUUCUCGAUAUGGAGGAAAAUGCCGAAGUGCCUCUUUUAUUGGGAAGACCCUUUUUGGCAACCGGGAGAGCUCUAAUUGAUGUGGAGAUGGGUGAUUUAAUGUUGAGGUUCAAUGAUGAGAAAGUUAACUUCAACAUCUUUGAAGGUAUGAGAAAUCAAGAUGAGAUUCCACAAUGCUUUAAAGCGGAUGUCAUUGAAGAUGAGAGUGAGAACUCAAAGAAAGAAGCAACAAAGUCAAUUUCUCCGGAUUUGAAAGCAAUCCCUUCUAAUGGGAAAUUUGUAUUUUUUGGAGAUGAUUAUAAGCAACCGGUGAUCGUUAGUAGGUUGCUCACCCCUUUGAAGAAGGAGGAAAAGAGGAGCCGAGUGGAAUCAAAUUUGAAGUAUCCUCCCUAA